AUGGACACCCAGGCAGGCAGAGAGAGGGGGCCGGGCAGGGGAGAGGAGCUCCACCGAAGGCCUGGCCAGCUGCUGAGAGCUGGGGGGAGACAGGGGAGGCCUGGCUGUUGGUGUCAGUGCCCCCGACAUGCAGCACCAAGACCCCGGGGCAGCCAGGACCUCCCAGCUCCGUGUCCCCGGCCACCCCCUGGCUCCGGUGCAGAUGCCUCCUGCACUUGGCUCGGUUUGGCCCACACUGGCUUCCCGGGGCAGCGCAAGGGAAGGCAACCAGCAGCCCUGGAGAUUUAUGGCCACAAGGCAUCUACUCUGCCCCAGCUCGGGCAUGCGGGAGCCCCACGGUCGUACCACGAGCCUGCUCGGGGUCUCCUCCCUGCCACGGCACUCAGCUCUGGGUCCCAGCACCCGGCCCUGGACUCACACCCCAGCACGGCUCUCGCCAGCCUCUCCCCGCUGCUCCUGAGCCCCGGAUUUGCCCCACCAGCCCCGAUCCGAGCCAGUCGGGCCCACAGCCAGGAGCCUUUGCAAGGGGGCCGGGGCUGUGCUCUUGUCCCUGUGCUCACCCAGCUCCUGGGAACAGGCCAGGCUGGCGCUGGGCUCUGCAGUGCCGGGCACAGCAGGCCCCGGUCAAGAGGGUGGGGGCCUGGUGGGGGUCUGCACCCCUGGCCUGGGGCAUGCCGUCUCCUGCCUCCGCUUCUGCCCCUCCGGGCCCCUCCGGCCUUUGCACAGCCGUGGGGUGGCAGCUGGUCUCAUCCCCCUACGGACGCCCCCCCGGCACUCUGCCCUCAUGCCGGCCCCGGCAAGCUGUUGUUUUCCAGGCAGGCGGUUAAAUCAGCCGUGGGCAGAUGCGGGGCUGAGCCAUUAGCGGGCUGGGGCGGGCGUCCCCCGGCGAUGCAGGAAGCCCCGCCCGGGCUGUUUGCUCACCCGAGCGUGCGGGGAGCUCCGGCGCAGAUAGUGCGCGGGCAGUGCGCUCGUGCGAGCAGGCAGCCAUCUGGAAGGGCUGGGGUCAGCGUGGCCUGAGCUCAGCACAUCAAGGAAGCGGGCAGCCACGC